UUGACAUUUCUAUCACAUGUGAUGUUUUGCUGCUCACACAGGGAAGAUGGACUUUAGUGAUCUUUCAGAAUUUUGCAGGGAAAAUGCCUCAAUAUUGAUAGCUUUAACUUUUAUUAUAUUAUACAUCUGUUAUUACUAUCUGUUUGUUGUAAAGAGACCACAGAUUGCAUGUAAGGACCAAAAAUUUAAAAGUUUUCUUUUAGAACACUGUCCUGUGUUGAGUAGCAAAUUCAAACCAACAAUUUGGUGUUUUGAAUCCAGGGCACAAACAAUUCUGAGGUCAUUUAUUCCCACCUCUAUCAGGAUAACAUAUGAUGCAGAAAUAAUAACGUUAUCAGAUGGAGGCCAAAUUAUUUUAGACUGGUAUGAGAAUGAAAAUCCUAUCUUCCCUGACAAAGAAACCAGACCAACUAUAUUACUGCUUCCUGGUUUAACUGGUGACAGUAGUUGUAGUUAUAUUCUUCAUCUUGUAUCUGAAGCAGCACAGCAUGGAUACAGAUCUGUUGUGUUUAAUCAGAGAGGAAAUGGAGGGGCAAAGCUAAAGACUCCAAGAACAUAUUGUGCAGCCAACACAGAAGAUUUAGCACAUGUAGUCAGUAUAAUUAAGGGGAGAUUACCUCAGGCUCCAAUUAUUGGUGUUGGUGUUUCAUUAGGAGGAAUGCAGAUGCUUAAUUAUCUGGCCAGGUCAGGUGACAAGAGUCAGUUAGAGGCUGGAAUGUGUAUCUCAGUGGCGUGGAAUGUCUUCGAGUCAGUCGAGUCUUUAGAGAAACCAGGACUAAAUCUACACGUCAUUAACAGACAACUGUCAAAAACAUUAGUACAAAUGGUUCAAAGCAAUAUGGAAGUGUUUGAAAAUCAUUUUGACAACUUGGAUCAUAUAUUGAAGUCCUCAACAAUUCGUGAGUUUGACGAAAGAUUUACAUCUAAGAUCUUUGGUUAUGAUACAUGGCAAGACUACUAUAAAGAAGCAUGUUUACAUGAUAAAAUCCAUGCACUAAAAGUUCCAGUGUUAGUGUUAAAUGCAGCAGAUGACCCCUUCUCUCCUCAUCAUGCAAUUCCAGUGAAAGAAGCAGAAGAGAAUGAAAACAUUGCAAUUGUAGUAACAUCACAUGGUGGCCAUAUUGGGUUUAUGGAAGGUUUUAUACCAAGAAACAGCACAUUUAUGGAUAAACUUUUCUCACAGUAUGUUAAAGCUGUGGUUACUCAUGGUCCAACUCAUCUGAAACAAGAUUAAAAUGUCUCAGUGGAAAUCUGGAUUGAAAUUUAUGCAGAAAGGAGUAAACAUGUUACCAUGGACCAUCAAUGUACGGCUAUGUCACUGGAAGCAUUGUUUUAAAAACCUGCUAGUCAAAGACAUUUUAUGGUGCAAUUUUAAACCUAGUUUUGUUGUUAUCGAUGACAAAAUCAUAAAGCUGUAACAAGUCCUUAUUCUAAACAUAUUUGAAAAUUAAUCACUCCCACCUAGAGACAUUUGUUUACAUUUUUGUUCCUACCCUGUACAGUGAAACUUGUUUUAAACUGUGUACAAGUUGUCUGGAUGUGCAUGGAAAAUUCUUUACUUAAUUCAUGAAAAGAAGAUAACUGUAUUAUCUUCAACUUGGAGCUAUAAUUUUGUGCAAACUUUUUGAAGUGCUAUUAAUAAAACAUUACCAGUAAAUCAAAAUAAUGUGGGUUGAUUUUGGACUAGUCUUAGAUAAAUAACUUGAAGCCAGCUGUAUCACUAAAUCAUGGUUGAUUUAUCUAUUAAAUGUUGAAAUAAAUCCAGGCAAAAUCAAAAAUUGAAAUGAUUUUUUGCAAGAAAAAUGUGUAUGAAUAUGUGUAGUAAAGUAUGAAACCAAUGUGAGGAAGACUCAAUUACUUUUGCACAUGUUAAUUAUUUUUUUACCUUUUAAGAAAAUAAUGAAAAUUUGAACAAAAAAUAUUAUAUUGCAACGCAUAAGAUAUUGAUAUGAACAAUACCCCUAGUCUUUCUGAUUAUUUCAUGUCUUUCUCCAUUUCAUGUAUGUUUUAUUCACUUCAUUCAAUGAAAUGUUAACAGUGGUAUCUAAACAAGACAACUUUGAAAUUCGACUUUUAAAAAUUCCACAGAAAAAUAAAAAAAUGUGUUUUGUUUUAUGUACCUUUCAUUGAGAUAUGUUGUUACAGAUUGUGGACCUUUAAACCGAAUGUAAAUUGAAUGAAUGAGAGAUGUGUGUUUGGAAUUAGGAUUAUAUCAAAAAUAUUUUGUGAUAAAGGUGUAAUACCACCAUUGAUUUUACCCUAUUAGUCUUUGUUAAAUUUGCACUUUUCAAAACAUUGUGCAGAAUUUAUCUUUGUUUCAAAUAAAGAAAUACUUGGCAUGAGCAAAGUUUUAUCCUGUCCAGUACUAUAGAAAAAAUUUCACAUAACAUUUCAUUGCAUAUAAGAAAAUAACCAUCACUGGAAAUUAACCAGUCAAAUUUUUCCCCUUUUUUAACCUGUGUAAAAGCUUUAGUAACCAUGUAACCUUAAGUUUCCAAAAUAUUCUAUAGAAACCCCAAAUAAAAAAAGAAUGGUGCUUUGAAAUACCCAAGAUAUAUGCUUAUGACCCAGAAAUGUUUUACUGCAAUGAAAUGUAGGAUCAAUUAUCUACAACUGUCAAAUUCAAGGGAAUAUUUUUUUUCAACCUAUUUUCGUAUGCAACCGGAUGUGACGUACUAUGAUUUGGUGGUAUUACACCUAAAACAUUGUAUUUAUUCUAUUAAGUAUUUUGAAUGAUACCAAGGGUAAUAAGACAACGAAUACAGUAUUCCUAGAUACUCAUCCAUAAAAUCCAAGGCAGACAUCAAUUAUUUAUUUUUUUUUCAGUUUUUUUUUAAAUUGAUAAUGAGCACUGCAAGCAGGCAGCAUGGGUAUUUAGUGUUACCAAAUUUUAUAUAUAUUAGUCUGUGUCAAAUUUACAUAUUUCAAGCUUGUUGUUCCUUAUUUAUAUCCCAGGAUUUGACUAUAAAAUUUUAGGAAAAAAUAUCAGGUUUAGACUAAUUGUGAUUAUAUUUAGAAAUUUUGCGUAGGACAAUUGAUUCCAUUAAUACAUAAAUACAUUCUUGUAUAACUUAAAUUUGAAAAAAGACCAGAACAGUUUUAAAUGCCAGGAUUAUGAUGCAUGAGGUUCUAGAAAUAUUCUUAUUGUCUAACAGUCAUGUAGUGAAAUAAUGUUCCUUAAAUACUUUGGAUGCAUCUUUAUAUAUUGGAUACCAAUAUUCUUGGAUUUCAUGGGUACCUUUAAACCAUGGUUUUAAAUGUUCCAACGAACGACACAUUUUCUAUAAGGUUGAAUGCAGACUUUAGCAAAACCAUGAAUUGUUAUACCCACAAAAAUGCAAGUUUUUCUCAAUCCACAAAAUAUGGCACUCAUGAAAAUAAAUGAAUCCACAGUUAUAUCUUGUUUUUGUGUUUUGCAUGUGUGUAUGAAUGUGUUUGUAGUGUUUCACAUAAAUUUAAAACCAUAUUUUUUUUCACAAUUCAUUAUGUAAAUUUCGUGUCAUGAAUAGUCACUGUGCUUCAAAUUAUGUGUUCACCCGUGUUCACUGUUAUAGGAUAUUGGAACUUUAUUAAAAAUUGAAUGUUGAUUAUGCAAUUUCAUAUAUGCAGUAAUUUUUUUGUGUCAUAUGUAUUACUGUUGUUGUUUGUGAUCUUUAUUGAUUUGAUAUAUGCCAAAGUCAAUAUAUAACUACUUAAAUACAAACUACAAAAACGUAAAAAGAUGCAAAAAAAUAAAAAUCUACAAAUUUAGAAAGAUACCGAACAAAUUAAAUUCUCAGAUGUACUUACAAGAAAACAAGUAUUUCUGUGUACUUUCAGCUUAAAAUUUUAAUAAAUAAUCCACCAAGCAUCUUUGUGAAUCUCAUGUAAAACAGAGUUUAAGGUGUACAAGAUUGCAGAUAAAAUCGAAAUGAAGUGGUAUAAUUAUUCCUUUGAUAUGUUUUUCUUUGGAAAAAUAAGAAGCUGAAUAUUAAUGACCUGCCUAUAAUAGUAGGGGCAUUAUGUUUACCAGAAUGUGCUUCCAACUAUGUCUGUCCCACAUCAGGUUAGUGGUUUGGUUGGAUGUGCUUUUUGGUUGCAUUACCAAUAAACUUGGUACACAUAAAAAAAAAAAGGUGGAUCAUCAGUAUAUAUUUCCUCAGAUAGAAUUUUCUUAUACUUUGCCAAAAUGAAGAUUUUAUCAGGCUAUUGUCAAAAGUAUAAUAAAAUGUAUGGGUCACCAGGCUAUUUUUCAAGCUACAAGUCGUGCAAAAUUGCCCAAUUUUGCGAAGAUUAUUCAUGAAAAAAAUUGUUUUUGUGAAUAAAAGGACACCUAUGAGAUAAAAUAAGAUCAGAUAGGUUUUAUGAUAUAGAAAAUAAAAAGAAAUAAUGGUGUUACCGAACUUAUUUUCUUGCUACAAGGAAAAAAUGUAAAUUUCUUUAACAUUCCUUUAUAAAAAGAGCUAUCUCCACUCUAUUGGCUAAGUUGAAAAAUUCAUUCGAAACAAAAACAAAUAUUUGGUGUUUGUCUAAAUAAUGCAAUAAAUCACUUAUUUUGCCUUAUUAAAUUAUAGUCUUACAAAUUAAUUGCCAAUCUGUCUCAAAAUUUGCAGAUUUAUGCACUAAACUACAAUCCAAGAUGGCAGUAUACAAUUAAUCUACCUUCAAAGAUGUUGUACUAUUGCCAAUGUGACAACUGCCUACCAGAAUCAAUAUGGUGUGGAUGUAAGCAACUGAUAAAAGCACAUGUUCAGCAUGUAGUGAACCUUUUAACAAGGGGUAAUGUGAGCUGGACAUGAUGUCAUAUAGUCAUAUAUUAUUGUUUCCUGAAUAAACUAAAGAGUAAUGGAUUCUGCUUUUUAUUAUUUGUAUAAGUAGCAUCUCAAUAUUGAUGGAAUACAUAGUUAAACUUUAAGGCAUUGUGAUAGAAAUCACUUUAUUGUGUACAUGUUCAAAAUACUACCCAAAAUGAAAAGGAUUCUAAAACUAAAUUAUUGAUUUAGUAAUACCUAAUUAAAUGCCAAAAGGCUUGCAAAUGUUAUUAAUUUAUUUAUUUAAUUAUAUUUUGUGAUUUUAUUGUAAGAUUAUAUAGUUUAUAUAUCUUCGGUUAUUAUAUGUUAUUUUAGUAAUUUUGAAGUUUAUAAAUUUUUUAUCUUUUCACAAUUUUGAAAUAAAAUUUCUAUAAUCAUA